GUGCCAAAAAAAUUGUAAAACUGAAAAACAUGGCGUUGUAAACUUUAAAGAAUAGAACAGUUUUGAGAGGUUUUCCUUUUUUCUGAUCAGCAAACAAAAUCUUGUGCCAAUAACAACUAACUAUGGCACGUAACACUGGACUUGACGUGCGGCAAAAUCAUAAUGAGCAAACAUGUAUCAUCUCUGUGUUACUGAAAGCCGUUGGAUUGUUCGCAGUUUUGUUUUUUAUUCUGGUUGCUUUCAGUGUAUGCCGAUGGGUGACCCAGACGUGUUGUGUCAUCAAGAAAAUGUAGAAGUCCUGGGCAAUUUUUCAUAUGACGCAGUGCAAUCGUACGCAUGCAGUUUACAUAAUGUGUUAACCAAUGUAGCGACGUCUACAAAUUCGUUAAUAACUCAAAGCUCCGAAUUCAUGGCAUGUGUGAUACUAAAUGCAGUUUAUGAUGCUAAAAUGAAGUUCUACACAAUGUUACAAAAAGUGGAUAAAGAAGACUUGUGCGCGGCUGGCGUCUGUGCGCCGAAGAAUGGUCUGAACGCUAUAUCAAAACAUGAGGAUACCUCUCCCGUGAAAAAGGAAACUGCCGAAAAUUAUAAUGUGUGUAAUUGUAAUAGAAAAUGUUGCAGGAAGAAUUGUUUUUAGUAGUGCUAUGUGACGCAAUAGAUUAAUUUAUUUCGUAAGAUACAUUUCAGACAGUUACGUCGCGUUGCUAUCGUUCGUCUGAGGAUACACAACUGAGUAUGACGAAAAUAACAAUAAUAACAAUAAUAAGUUUGUUUAUUUUCUGACCACUAUA